AUGAGCACGUCGCUGGUGACACUUCCCAACGUUCUCUCCUCGGACUGCACGUACUACGCCGGGGACCCGGAGCUGCUGAGGAGCGAGCGGUACGCGGAGCGCGUCGCGAAGCUGCUACAGUCGGAGAAGGCGGACCUUCUCGCCGCCCGCGUCGCGAUCCACGCCCAGCUGCGGGACGCCUUCAAGAACGACAAUGUGCAGCAGAUGCUGCAGCCGUACCUCCGCCCGGAGGAGAACUUUCAGGCGUUGCUUGACGACGCCAAGAGCCGCGCCAAGUUCUUCUCGCGGAAGCAGCAGGAGCUGCAGGCGGACGUCAUGGCCAGCGCGGAGCAGGUGGCGCUGCGGGAGGCCCAUCGCGAGUUGGCCGCGUGGGAGCGGGAGAACGCGGUGCUGCUGCGGCACCAGAUGUUUAUGACCUACACCCCCGCCAUGACGCUGCUGCUGGAGAGCGCCGCCACGAUUGCCCUCUACCGCCAGUACUCCGCCCUUGAGGAGGGCGACUACACGAGCGAGAGCAGCUGCGGGGAGGUGCCGGCGCAGCUGGUAAAGAUGGGCGGCAGGCCGCUUUUCACCGUGCAGGAUCCCGGCACGGCGUUUGAGGUGGACGAGCACACCAAGAUGUUCUCCCAGCACGUCCUGCAGAACAAGCGGGUGGAGUACGAGGAGAAGCGGGCGUUGGUGGUGCAGCGGCGGAAGCAGCUGGAGGAGUGCCCCUCGCUGCAGCGCCUGCAGGAGUUUAUCAACACCCGCAACGACAUUUUUCGCACGUACGGCAUUGACCGGCUUGUCUCCCUCCGCGUACGCCGGGACAAGGCGCUUGCCGAGCCGUACGAGGGCGGCGAGGACGCGACGGUGGCCGGGCUGCCGCCCUCAAACGAGAUCAUGAAAAGCCGCCGUGUGGCGCAGUACUCGCUGGCCAAGAUUGUGGAGCAGUGCCACAAGAACUACGUCAGCAUCCUCACCACGGAGGACUGGGAUGCCAUGAUGUCGAGCACGAACCUCGACAGCCGUGACACGCUGCAGCGGCUGAAGCCGUUGAGGGACCUCGAGACCUUCCGGUACUGGUUCCUCGCCUGCAUCACGGCGGAUGCCCCGCAGCUUGGGCCCAACAAGCUGGUAGGAAAAAACCCUACCCCCGUCGAGGAGUACAAGAAGCUCUGGCAGCCGCUAAAGACCAACUACGUCCCCUCGCUGAACACGGCGCACAGGCAGCAGUUCAAGGCGCUGGCGGGCCGCUGCGGGUUUCCGCACAUCGUCGUCCUCUCCCCCGUCACCUACUCCUACAUGCAGAACAACGACCCUAACUCGAUUGUGAAGGGGGAAUUGGACAUGGUAGUGUACGAUCAAACCAACGAGAAGGUCCUGCUGAUGGUUGCCAACUCCCACGACGAGCGCCGCCCACGCGGGGCCUUCCUGCACGGGCAGGAGGAGCGCUACCGCUUUGCCGCCGUCAUUCGCGCCGCGAUCACCAACGACAACGAGUUGUACGACUUUCAGUGCCAGGGGACGGUGGCGGAGUACUUCUUCGACCCGGAGUCCGGCUCGGAGGAGAACUACUACUGUAUCAUGGCCCCCAUCAAGAUCUCGCAUAAGGUGUCCGCCGUCGUCAACGUGCCGGUGCUGGCCCUGCGCCCGUUUACCACCUGUCCGCCGCGGUACUUUCUUCUAGGCUCGAACUGGGGCGCCAGUUCCGGCAACGAGAGGAACCCCUACGCCGUCUCCUACACGCACGCCGAGCUAAACGAGGACGCCAUUGUCAUGCAGCAGAGCAUCUCAGAGGGAUUCAUUCAGAAGAAUGUCAUGCCGCAGCUCCUCACGCGAAAGGAGGGGCUCGAGAUUAUGAAACGGGAAAAGGAGCAGCGGGCACGCGAGCGACGCGAGUCCAUCUCUGCCCGCUCCGCGGCCGCCCCAACCUCCGCACGCGGAGCCCGCUCGGUGGGGCAAACCCCACGUGAAAGCGCCCGCACCCCGGUCCACACCACCACCGCCGACGCCGCCUCCGCACCGGCGGCCGACGAGGACGACGACGACGACGAGGGCAUUCUCCCCGAGGAGGAGGACCCUCUCGCCCCGGAACUCCCGGGGGACGUCCUGCGGCCCGUGCGGGAGGUCUUGCUGAACAGGCGCUUCCUGCAACCCGGGUACCUCCAGCGACGCGCGAGGGAUGCGGAGAUUAAGCAGCUCGCGUCGGUGAAGGACGGUCAGCUGCGCACCCCGCUCAUGGUGUUCCAGGACCUCAUGAAGACAAAGCACGGGGAGGAGGAGGCGUACUUCAGUCAACCGCAAAGCGCACGUGGCCGCUACAACGCUGGCGGCAGCAGCAGCAACAACGCCAGUACCCAGCUGAAGGUCAGUCCGAGACCCGCCACGCGAAACGCCGCCAACGUCUCUUGGUUUUAA